CUUCUCCAUCUCCCUCCCCCUCCCUCCCCCUCUUCUCCUCCUCCCCACCCCAGACCCAGCUGCUGCGUGGGGGCAGUCAGGAUGACCUGGAGCGGGGCCUGAGCCCCCUGGCCCCUGGGGCCACCCAGCUGGAAGACUACCAGAGCAUCCUGGAGGAGGUCCUGACCUGGCUGCUGUCUGCAGAGGAUGGCCUGCAGGCCCAGCCCCCCAUCUCCUCUCACGUAGAGGAGGUCAAGGAGCAGUUCCACACCCACGAGGGCUACAUGGUGGAGCUGACGUCCCACCAGGGCAGUGUGGGCAGGGUGCUGCGUGCGGGCAGUGCCCUGCUGGGUGAGGGCCAUUUAACGGAGGAGGAGGAGAAAGAGGUCAGGGAGCAGAUGAACCUCCUCAACUCCCGCUGGGAACACCUCAGAGUGGCUAGCAUGGAGAAACAGAGCAGACUCCACGAGGUGUUGAUGGACCUUCAGCACCAGCAGUUGAAGCAGCUCACUGAUUGGUUGGAGCUGACAGAAGGGCGGAUCAAGCGGAUGGGGGCUCAGCCUAUGGGGCCAGACCUGGAGGAUGUUAAACACCAAGUAGAGGAACACAAACUGUUACAGGAGGACCUAGAGUUGGAGCAGGUGCGUGUUAACUCUCUGACACACAUGGUGGUGGUGGUGGAUGAGAACAGUGGAGACAGCGCCACCGCUGCCCUGGAGGAGAAACUACAGCACCUGGGAGACCGGUGGGCAGCCAUCUGUAAGUGGACAGAGGAGCAUUGGGUUCUGCUACAGGAGAUCCUACUCCAGUGGCAACACUUCACUGAGGAACAGUGUUCGUUUGACUCAUGGUUGACUCAGAAGGAGAAGUUGGUUCUGUCCAUUCAGAGCAGUGGCAUCAAGGAGCAGAGUGACAUGGUGGCCAACCUGAGAAGACUAGCGACGGUGAAGGGAGACCUGGAGGUGAAGAGACCGACCAUGGACAAGCUGUGUUCUCUGUGCCAGGACCUGGUCUCCUCAGUGAAGAACAAAGAGGUGGCCCAUAAGCUGGAGGCCCGGCUGGAGAGCUUCGCCCAACGCUGGGACAAACUGGUGCAGAGCCUGGAAAGGAGCAGCUCACAGAUCUCGCUGGCUGUAACCACGGUGCAGACCGCGCAGACGAAGCUGACACACUCGGUGACGGCGAGCGUAUCCAAGGUGACGACGCGUGAGAAGGUGGUGGUGAAGAAUACUAAAGCAGCGCUGCCCUCUCCACCGCCCCAGAAGAAGAGACAGAUUGUUGUCGAAUCAGAGCUCAGGAAAAGGUUUGACAUGGACUUCACUGAGCUGCACAGUUUCAUCACGCGCUCCAAGGCCAUCCUACAGAGCCCAGAGUUCUCCAUGUCCAGGAAGGAGGGCAGCGUACAGGAGCUCCACGAUAAAGUCCUGGCGAUAGAGAGGGAGAGGCCAGAGAAGUUGCGGAAGCUUCAGGAAGCAACUCGUUCGGCACAGGCUUUGCUCGAUCAGCUGGCGAGCGGUAAAUGAAACACACCCAUGCCACACACACACACACACCCACCCACCGCCGGCUGUCCCCAUGGCAACUCUCCUCUACCUGUCGUCUGUCCCCUCGUCGUUGUUUCCAUAGAAACCGUUGUCUCUGCCCUUGUUAUGAGACUCCAUGGGCGAGGAGCCCUGCGUCUCAUGUCACCUCCUCUGCUCUCCUCUGUCCUUGUAUCAUUGUUAACAAGUCAUAAAGGACAAACAUUGUCUUCCUCCCAAAUGGCACUCUAUUCCACGUGUAGUGCACUACUUUUGACCAGAGCCCAUAGGAGACCUGGUCAAAUGUAGUGCACUUCAUAGGGAAUAGGGUGCCAUUUGGGACGCAGACACUGCAUAGCGACCGGGCCUACUGUCUCACCCUGCCUCCGAGUCAGAGGUUCUGAAUAGAAGAACACUUGAACCCAACCGGAACACCAAAGGUAUCGGUGCUGUGAACAGGGUUUUCACUUUGUCUUGUUGUUGCACUGAAACGCUGAAGGUAUGGAUUUGUAUUGAACAUUUCAUUUCAAUCCUGUGUAAUGGUGGCGUUUACCUGACAACAGCGGGGUUUAAUAUGUGCUGUUGUCUUGUAAAGAGGGGCCGGUUAUACAAGGAUUGAUUUCAUAUGAUUGUCUGUGAAAGCUGUGUAGUACUGGGUACUUCAGUCUUCUCUCUGUUGAUUACACUGUGUUAUUACAAAUGAAUGAACAGACCCUUCAGGUUGAAUCGGCUCAGAUU